GUCCGAUCACCCACCAAAAAUCAUCGCGCGUUCAACGCGUAAUUAUUCAACCACCAACCAUGCCACGAAAACCGCGUCAAUCUCGUCGAAGUUUAGCUGAGCAAGAGGGGAGGAUUCAACUUGCAAUAUAAGCUUUAAAAAAGGGCGAAAUUCCGAGUAUUCGUCGAGCAACAGAAGUUUUUAAUAUACCCUACACAACACUCCGCGAUCGCAUCCAAGGACAUGAAUUUCAAGCAGAACAUCGCAACCGCUCAUUCCGACUCUCUGAAACUCAGGAGGAGGCAUUAGUUGAAUGGAUAUUAUCUAGAGACCGACGAGGAGUCGCUCCUAGGGUCUCGCAUGUGCAGCAAAUGGCAUAUCUUCUCCUCCAAGUCGAUUCAACAACGCCCCCCAAGCCGCUUGGGCAGAACUGGGUUACUGGCUUUAUUAAGCGCCAUGAAAGCAUUAAAAGUCGAUUUGCGCGCAAGUACAACUAUCAGCGCGCCCUCUGCGAGGAUCCCAAAGCCAUGAAGCAGUGGUUUGAGACUUUAGAGGCCUUGCGAAAUGAGAACGGCAUACAACAUGAAGAUAUCUAUAACUUCGAUGAAACUGGCUUCGCUAUGGGCCUAAUUGCAACCUCACGGGUUGUCACAAGGGCUGAGAUGCUUGGGAAGCCUCGUCUUAUUCAGCCAGGCCAGCGCGAAUGGGUCACCGCGAUCGAAUGUAUUGGGUCAGAGGGAUAUGUUGUUCCGCCAACCAUAAUCUUUAAAGGGAAGGUCCAUAUUGAAGGAUGGUUCGAAGAACUAGGUCUCCUAGGUGACUGGAGGAUUGAAUUAAGCGCGAAUGGAUGGACCACUGAUGAGAUAACCCUCCGGUGGCUUCAGAAGUGCUUUAUUCCUUAUACAACUGAGCGCACAAUUGGAAGUCAUCGACUGCUUGUUCUAGACGGUCAUGGGAGUCAUUUGACCCCUAAAUUCGACAAGGUUUGCAGAGAUAAUAAGAUUAUCUGUAUCUGCAUGCCUGCGCAUUCAUCGCACCUGCUUCAACCACUAGAUGUUGGUUGCUUUGGGCCAUUAAAGCGAGCUUAUGGAGGCCUAAUUGAAGCGAAGAUGCGCCUGGGCUUCCACCAUAUUGACAAACAUGACUUCCUAAAGGCCUAUCCUGAAGCUCGCGAUAAGGUCUUUACUAUUCAGAACACCCAGAGCGGCUUUCGCGCAGCUGGGAUAGUGCCUUAUAAUCCUGAAGAGGUCCUAAAGCGAUUUAAUUAUUCGGUAUCUACGCCUACCCCCCCCCCUAGCCGGGGGGGUACCUCAACCUCUUCCUCUACACUUGCCACGCCUCAUACAGCUCGACAGCUACAUAAGAAAGCUUCUUCUAUCAAGAAGCUACUUUCUAAGCGGUCCCAGAGUCCUUCUAGUCCUUCUAAACGUGCUUUGGAUGAGCUUAUAAAGGGUUGCGAGCUAGCUAUCUACAAUGCUGCAUUUACGCUGAAGGAAUUGAAUGAUCUCCGCGCAGAAAGUCAAGUUCAAGCACUUAAAAAGAGUCGAUCGAAACGCAAGAUGGCCCCUGUACAAGGCCUCCAAGUGCAAGAAGCAAGGGACCUUAUUUCAUUAAGAAAUGAGCAAUUGAAUCAGGAAGAUGGUGGUGGUGAGGAAGCUGAUCAAACUACUCCACCAACUUUAGAACCCCGAAAGCGUGCCCCACCGACCUGUUCUGAAUGUAAUAUUCAGGGGCAUACUAGAACUAGAUGUCCUAAUCGUCGCACGACUUAG